AUGGCUUUCAAAAUUUUUGCUGUUCUUGCCCUGGUCGCUGCUGCCAAUGCAGGCAUUCUGCCAGUUGCUGUGAAGCACAUUGAGUACGCAGAUGCUCCGGCAGAAUAUCACUUCUCGUACUCCGUGCACGAUGAUCACACCGGGGAUAUCAAGAGCCAGAACGAGGAACGUCAUGGCGAUGAUGUGAAGGGACAGUACACCCUGAUUGAUGCCGAUGGUUACCAGCGCAUCGUAGACUAUACUGCCGACGAACAUAACGGAUUCAACGCUGUCGUGCGCCGUGAACCUCUGGGACACAAGGUCGUCAAGGCUGUGGUUCCAGUCGCUAAGGUCAUUGCACCCGUGGCUCACCAUUACGUUGCUCCUGUUCAGGUCACCAAGGUUGCCCUGCCAGUGGCUAAGGUGACUAAGGUGGCCUAUCCGACAAAUCUUGCCACGGUCAGUUUCGCCGCUCCAAGCUUGAGUUAUCACUAUUAGGACAAUUUAUUAUGAUUAUGAUAAUACAAGUUUAGUUCAAUUUUA